UAUAUAUAUUGCUAGAAGCAAAACAGUUGGGGGAGGGAAGUCCAACAGCAAAGACUUGCAGAACUGCCAGGAGACAUAAAAAGUUGUGUCCCAACUAACAGCUCAGCGUGACUGGCUGUGAAACCACGUCCGCGCUUAGCCAUAGAGAAGAUAUAGAACCCCAAGCUUUGUGCAACAGCCUGUUGCAUGUUGUCCCAAAUAAUUACAAUGUCAACUUACUAAAACUUAGGAUAAACCAGGGAAAAGUGCCCUAUGUUUCAAACUGUUUAAAAUUUAAACUUGAAAGUGUAAUAGUGUAAACAUUUUCACAGAAAAAGGGUACAUGUUAUGUCCUAAAACCCUAGAACUUCUCAAGGUCAUUGUGUAACCAGUCUCAAGGGAACCUGGAUUUUCAAAGCUACUGGCAUUACUUUAAGGCACUUCUUUCAAGGAACUGCUAACAUCAGAGCAGAGGAUGUCAGCAGUUUUUCUACAGGUACUUGCCUGGGUGCUCUUGUCUACCUUGCUGGAGACGGGCGGCAGCAGCAGUGGACAGCGUUGGGUUGGCACUGGGAUUGACAGCAGUGGCCGGCGAUACAGCCGCAUGCAGCAUGGGUCCUGCGUGUACACAUUCAUCUUGCCCGAACACCCUGGGGACAGUGGCAACUGUCGGGAAAGUGGGGGCAGUAGUGGCAACCCCCCGGAAUACAGCCUCAACUCGCUGCAGAGGGACGCCCCGCAGAUGCAGAAUUUGGAGUCCACGCACAAACUCCAACAACUGGAGCAAGUGAUGGAGAACUACACGCACUGGCUGCGCAAGCUUGAGAACUAUAUUCAGGAGAACAUGAAGAAUGAAAUGGCACAGAUUCAGCAUCAUGUGGUUCAAAACCAGACAGCGACAAUGCUUGAGAUUGGAACCAGUCUUCUCAGCCAGACAGCAGAGCAAACAAGAAAACUGACAAAUGUUGAAACUCAGGUUCUUAAUCAGACAUCCAGACUUGAGAUUCAGUUACUGGAAAAUUCUUUGUCCACUAAUAAGCUUGAAAAACAACUGUUAAUGCAGAGCAAUGAAAUCACUAAACUUCAUGAAAGAAACAGUUUAAUGGAAAACAAGAUCAUAGAAAUGGAAAAUAGACACAAAGAGGAGCUUGGAAAUCUGAAGCAAGAGAAAGUGACUUUAGAGAGUUUGGUAUCCCGCCAAAGUUUUAUAAUCUACGAACUUGAGAAGCAACUGAGCCGAGCAAUUAGCAACAACAGCCUGCUUCAAAAGCAACAGUUGGAACUGAUGGAUACAGUCUAUAAUCUUGUUAAUCUGUGUUCCAAAGAAAGAGGAGCCAUCGUAAACAAGGCAAAACUAGAUGAACAGUUUAGAGACUGUGCAGAAUUAUACCAAGCUGGGUUUAACAAAAGUGGUGUCUAUACUAUUUACAUCGGCAAUGUGUUGGAGCCAAAAAAGGUAUAUUGUAAUAUGGAACAUGCUGGAGGAGGAUGGACAGUGUUCCAGCACAGGGAAGAUGGCAGUGUGGAUUUCCAAAGAAAUUGGAAGGAUUACAAAGUGGGUUUUGGUAUUCCAUCUGGUGAACACUGGCUGGGAAAUGAAUUUAUCUUCAUGCUAACAAGUCAGAAACAAUAUUCUUUACGAGUUGAAUUAACUGACUGGGAAGGAAAUCAGGCAUACUCGCAUUUUGAUAGAUUUCAUGUGGGAAAUGAGAAACAGAAUUACAGAUUAUAUGUUAAAGGUCAUAGCGGAACUGCAGGAAAGCAGAGCAGCCUAUUUCUACAUGGUGCCGAUUUUAGUACAAAAGAUGCAGAUAAUGACAAUUGUAUGUGCAAAUGUGCUCUCAUGCUAACAGGUGGUUGGUGGUUUGAUGCAUGUGGACCUUCUAACCUUAAUGGCAUGUACUAUACUGCUGGUCAACACCAUGGAAAACUUAACGGAAUAAAGUGGCAUUAUUUUAAAGGUCCAAGCUAUUCUUUACGUGGAUCAGGAAUGAUGAUAAGACCAUCAGACUUCUAAAUGAACGAGAACAGUGCAGCUACAAAGUAACAGUAGUCCUUGUGCCAGGAACACGUUUUAAAUGAAAAGCAAAAUAAGCAACAACCAGAGCGAUAGAAACUU